UUCCCAUCUAAAAAAAUUGCAUUUCCUACUCAAAUCUCUCAAAUUUACAACAAUGCAUCAUCAUAAUAUAUUGUCUAUCCCACUCUUUGCACUAUUAAUCACUACAUUAUAUUUUCCUUUUGGUACAAGUUAUAACCAUAGUAACUCAUGUAGGUCAUAUUGUGGUACCAUAUCUAUUGACUACCCGUUCGGGCUCAAAUACGGGUGUGGGCACCCGGGUUACCGCGAUCUCUUAUAUUGUAUCAACAAUGUCCUUAUGCUCCAUAUAGCUUCCGGGUCAUACCGAGUAUUAGACAUUGAUUACACCUUCCAAGCCCUUACGUUGCAUGAUCCACACUUGUCAACAUGCAACUCGAUUGUGCUCGGGUCUCGAGGGAACGGGUUUGUUGUCGAGCCGUGGCGGGCCCAGUAUUUGAAUCCGGCACCCGAUAAUGCAUUUUUGCUAAUCGGGUGCUCGGCUAAAUCACCACUCUUUCAAGGACAUCCUUCUAAGCACUCGUCUUGUAGGAAUAUUUCAGGUUUAAGUUGUGAAGACUAUUAUAGGUGUCCAGCUUGGGGUUAUGUUGGGCCGACUGAAGUUGGGCUUGUGUAUGGAACCGGCCCACCAGAAUGUUGUGCUGUGGGUUUUGAAGAACUUGGGCCUAGGCAAGGUAUUAAUCUUACUAAGUUGGACUGCCAAGGGUAUAGUAGUGCUUAUAAUUUGGCACCUUUAAGAGUUGAUGGGCCACACGAGUGGUCUUAUGGAAUACGUGUGAAGUAUUCAGUCCAAGGACAUGAUGCGUUUUGUAAAUCGUGUGAGGCUACUCGUGGCACGUGUGGGUACAAAGGUGAUACUGAUAAUGGUAGUAAGAUAACAGAGUUGUGCCUUUGUGGAAUUUGGAAUUCUACAUCAAAUUGUGACUCAAAUAAUACAGUUGAAUCAAUGAUAGCAGAUGAAAGCGUUGCUUCAAGAAUGUCACUGGAUGCGAUGUCUUUCAUAGGAUUUUUAAUUUCUAUGGUUUUACUGACGAAAGGUUGAAAUCAAGCGUAAAUUCAAGUUCCUACUUUAAGCUUAUCGUUGAUGUAUACAAGGGGGUGGGCAUGUGCGUGCAAGGCCAAACAAUGAGCUAUGAAUUAUGAUGAGAGAGUUGCACACCCAGGCAAAUUAUUUGUAAAAAUUUUGGCUAGGAAAACGAAAUAAAUGGUAUGGUGUUAAUGUGAAACCAUAUAGAGCAACAAAUAUAUAUGCAAAAUGGUGAUCCUUUUUUGCUUCUGAUUGUCUGAUUGAAUAUCGAGAAGCAAAUGCAAUAGUUUGGAUUAGUUGUGAUCAUGGAGCGGGCCGGACUUGGUCCCAAAAAAGUUGCCCAUUUCGGAUCAAAGUAUCGGGCAGGG